AUCAGACAGCGCUGCGUUCAAACGCGUCGUCGCGGUUUGAGAGUACAAAUUCUCCGUGAUGCCCGAAAGGCGACAUCAGGAAAGGGCGGGACUGCCGUGGAACAUUGCUGUGGUCCAGUACGUGCCGACAGUCCACGUCCGUGUGGCGGAUUGGAACCUCACCUCCUCCGACUAGAACUGCGUCGAACUGCUUGCCUCGGGACCCGCAGGGCUCGUUGGAGAGGCGGUACCGAUACACUUGUCUCCAUAAUAGGAGAAGAAGUCAACAGUUCAACGGGUUCUCAUCUUGGCAACGACAACUGUCAUCUUACAGGAUCCACGGAGGACACAAUGGAGGACGACCUGAUGUUCAGCAUGGAGGAGGAGGGCAGCGCCACCAGGCCGCCGAUCGUACACCGUCUGACGUCCCUCACCACCGACGAGGAGGACGACGACGACGACGACUUCAUCUGCUCCAUCCUGGACGAGCCCGCCAAGGAGAUCUGCCAGUACAUGCAGAACCUGGUCAACAACCGCCAGCUCUCCGACUCGUUCCCCAAAGGCGGCUUCUCGUACAAGAGUGACGCAGACAAUGUGACGGAAGGUUCGUACAAGGUUUUGUCAGAGAGUGCACGGGAGACGUGGAAAAAUGCGGUGAAAAAGGCCAAAGCCAUGCCGGACCCCUGGGCGGAGUUUCACCUGGAGGACAAAGAGACAGAACCGUGCUUACGCUACAGGUACAACGCCGUCACUGGGGAGUGGGCCCAAGACCAGGUCCACAUCAAGAUGGCUGCACAGCCGUUCGGGAAAGGCGCCAUGAGGGAGUGCUUCAGAACGAAGAAGCUGUCCAACUUCUCGCACAGCAACAACUGGAAGUCGGCGUGCAACUACGUGGCCAAGCGCUACAUGGAGACGGUGGACAGGAGCGUCUACUUCGAGGACGUGCGGCUGCAGAUGGAGGCCAAGCUCUGGGGGGAGGAGUUCAACCGCCACAGACCUCCCAAGCAGGUGGACAUCAUGCAGAUGUGCGCCGUGGAGAUGACGGAGAGGCCUGGCAAGCCGCUCUUCCACCUGGAACAUUACAUCGAGGGCAAGUACAUCAAGUACAACUCCAACUCCGGCUUUGUGCGCGACGACAACAUCCGGCUGACUCCACAGGCCUUCAGUCACUUCACCUUUGAGCGUUCGGGUCACCAGCUGAUCGUGGUGGACAUCCAGGGCGUAGGCGACCUCUACACCGACCCGCAGAUCCACACAGAAAAGGGGACAGACUUUGGCGAUGGAAAUCUGGGCGUGCGAGGCAUGGCGCUGUUCUUCCACUCCCACCUGUGCAAUAAGAUCUGCAAGAGCAUGGGCCUGACGCCCUUUGACCUCUCCCCACCCGAGAAGCAGCAACUGGACUGCACCAACAAACUGCUGAAAUCGGCUAAAACUGUGCUGAGGGGCUGCGAGGAACAGUGCGGCUCCCCCCGCGUCCGCACCAUGUCCGGGAGCCGGGUGCCGCCGCUGUUAACCCGCCUGUCCGAGACGUCGUCCGCGGACGAGAGCAUGAGCGACGCCGACUCCGUCCCGUGCUCGCCCCUGGUGGCGCACGGAUACAUGGGACGGUCCCCUGCUGGUUUAUCUUUCACUGGCAUGUUCGAGCAGGAAAAAAUUGACAACACAGGCGAGCACAGGGACUCAGACAGCGGCGGGGACAGUGGCUACCCAAGCGAGAAGAGGAGUGAGGGCGACCCCAACGACCACGUGGACGGGGCCCGCCAACGCUACCAAAGACAUUAUUCCGAGUCGGACGAGGACAGUUUUAAACGGCUGACGGAGGAGAAGUGGAGCUUCUUCCACUCGUCUCGCGCCCACGUGCACAGAUCCUCCUGCGUGGCCACCGAGGUGGAGCGACUCAGCUCCCUGCUGCAGAAGCGCAUCGGCCAGUCCAUCCUGGGAAAGGUCCACCUGGCCAUGGUGCGCUACCACGAGGGUGGGCGUUUCUGCGAGAAGGACGAGCAGUGGGAUCAGGACUCGGCCAUGUUACACCUGGAGCGAGCCGCCCAGUGCGGGGAGCUGGAGGCCAUCGUGGUCUUGGGUCAAUGCUGCCUGCAGCUGCCGCACCACAUCCUGCCCAACGUGGAGCUGGAGGACAACGCGGGAAACAGGAUGAAAGGAUUCAAGUAUCUGCUGCAGGCCGCGGAAGCCGGUGACCGAUCCUCAAUGAUCACAGUGGCCCGAGCUUUUGAUACAGGGGUCAAUCUGUCUGCAGACAGGAAGCAGGACUGGGAGGAGGCGAUCCACUGGUACGACAGCGCAUUGAACAUGAGCGACCACGACGAAGGCGGCGAGUUCGACGGCAUACAGGACGAGCCCCGUCACCUCCUGCUGGCCAGAGAGGCGGCCAUGUUCCAGGAGGGAGGCUUCAACCUCACGGCCGACCCGCAGAAAGCAGGCGACUUGUUUACAGAAGCAGCGGAGGCCGCCACGGAGGCCAUGAAGGGUCGCUUGGCCAACCAGUACUACAUGAAAGCCGAGGAGGCGUGGGCCAUGAUGGAGGAGUGAAUCUGCGUCCGGGUGCGCACUUUUAACACAAAGAGGAGUGACGUUUACAUAUUUUUAUAACACAUUUUUAGCUGGCGGUGCUUUGCAUGUUUCAGUCCUCCAUCUUCAUCAAGUUUCCUGUGCAAGAUUUUCUCUUCAAGUACCCAAUUUACCGUAUUUUCCGGACCAUAGGGCGCACCGGAUUAAAAGGCGCACUGUCGAUGAGCGGGUCUAGUCAGGUCUAUUUUCAUACAAAAGGCGCACCGGAUUAUAAGGCGCAUUAAAGGAGUCAUAUUAUGAUUUUUUUCUAAUUGUAAAAGACUUCCUUGCGGUCUACAUCAGUGUUUUUCAACCACUGUGCCGUGAGAUACAGUCUGGUGUGCCGUGGGAGAUGAUCUAAUUUCACCUAUUUGGGUUAAAAAAUAUUAUUUGCAAACCAGUAAUUAUAGUCUGCAAAUGAUGUGUUGUUGUUGAGUGUCGGUGCUGUCUAGAGCUCGGCAGAGUAAC